AUGAGGAUAGCUCCUUCGAUUGAUGCAUGUCACGAUGCCCGUCCGUUCACCCUCGACGUCCCUCGCCUAGCUCUCAGCACACCAAUCCUCCUCAACGGCAUUUUCGCCCUCGCGAGCCGAUUUGACACACAAGCUGACGACAACGCCGAAAAGACUGAUCUUGAGAGCACCUACUACCACAAUCGAUGCAUCGAGCUGCUCAUCGAAGCCUUCUCGCAACCACCCGAGACCUGGGACUCUACCCUCCUGACGGCCGUCGUCAUCAUGCGCCUAUACGAGGAGUACGACAACGAGACGGACUCACAUUACCACCAUCUGCGCGGGACCCGCAACUUGCUGAACCAUGACGCGAUUGCAAGGUUCGUCACUCAAGGCGGGCUUGCUGAGGCGGCCAGCUGGGUGCAUUUGAGGCAGGCGCUAUAUGUAUUCUUGGUACGCCGAACACCGAUCGAGAUCUGCCUGGAGAACUUCGAAAGGUCUUCCACCUUCAGGAUGAACGAUGACACGGCGCAAGCGAACCGGAUAGUCUACCUGUUCGCGAAGGUGUUGAAGCUCUUCUUCCCCGAUGAUGGCACGGGAUUUCUGGCAAGCAGCACCGCCGCCUGGGAGGAGCUUCAGGGUGAAGUCGAGGCUUGGUAUCGAGACAAGCCGGUGUCAUUCCGUCCGCUGUUUUAUGACCGGCCGGAUCUGGCGAGGGGGAAGCCGUUUCCGGUGUUGUGGAUGAGUGCAUGCCCAGGUGAGUGCAUCUUGAGGCCCUGGUCGCAAGACCUGGAAGCAUUUGACGAUAAGAACGAUCGCUGA